UUCAUUAGGUUCAUUCUAAGAAUCGAAGUCAAUUCAACAUCAUGAGUGCUGUCUGGCAUGAUAUUGCGUGUUUUAUUAACGAAAAUGAGAUUCCGCAAGUAUUCAUCGAGAGCGAUAUAAAACCAUCAUUCUCUCCAACAUUUGAUGACAUCCAUACAGACCUGUUGGACGAUUAUGUCGCAAUUCAAGCAGAUUCAACCCGUGAUACAGUGCAGAAUUCAACAUUAGCAUCAUGUCCCAGUGGCAACAAUGGAGAUCUAACAAGUGUUGAUUUAUUUUCGAAUUGGUCGCCUGCUUCAUAUCCCGCAGAUGAAAUACAGAAGGUCGUUCGGGAAAUUGUACCAUCAACGGAAUUCCAUGAAAAUAAAUACAGUCCUUCAAGUCCAGAAAUGCAGGACAUAAUGCAGGAGCUGUUGGCAUUACCAGCAGGUCAGCACACAGAUUCGGCUCCAAAGGUAUAUCAGGAAGUGUGUACUCCGAGCGCCCAAGACGAAACACAAGCGCAGACUAUUAAAGAGUACCUGGAAUCAGUGACAUUUAACGAUGAGAUAUCAGAUCCAGCAAACCAGAUUGUGUCAACAGUGCCGCAGUCCACAGAGGAAUUGAACUCCACACAAAUGUCCUGCGUGUCACCUGAUCAGCAAGGGAUGGAAACUCAGAUUUUCCAAAUCAACGAAAUCCAAACGUCCAACUCUUCUGAUCCUCAAGCACCACCCACUUACGUCUUUCCCAUAACAAUCGAAUAUGUGGGGUUCGCAAAUCCGCAGGACACACCCAAAGAAACACCGCACAGGAAGGGGGCUCGAAAAACCAAAAAGCUGACGACCUUUACCAGCCACUUCAACUGCGAGAAGUGCAUGCGGUCCUUCAAAUCUAAGGGAGGACUGCUGCAGCACAAUCAGCAGAUCCAUUCGGGGCCGACACCACACGCAUGCGACCAUUGUGGGAAGCGAUACCGCGACAUCGACACCAUGCAGCAGCACCGACAGCGCCACCUGAUGAAGGACAAACCGUGCAAGUGCGAGGAGUGUCCGAAGCAAUUCAUUCGGCUGUCGGAUCUGCAGCGCCACGUGCAGCUGCACCAUCGAGUGAGCCGCCACAGUUGCGAUAUUUGUGGCAAGGCGUUCGACCGAGCGGACCACCUGAAAAAUCACAAAUUAAGUCAUCUGAAUGGGACGGUUAAGCGGUUCAAAAAUCAGCAGGUAAUGUAAAGCGAUCGAAGUUUGAGGAAAAUGUUUUAGUUUUAGAAUUAUUUUUGCAU